CCAGGCCUGAGCCGCGGGCAGUGGCCAGAGUGACCCCGAGAGUGUCCAGGGACCCGGGGCUCCGAUCCAGCAAUGAGUUCCCGGGCGACGAGGCCACGCAGCCGGCGAGGGAGGCAAGCCCCGCCCGGCGAACUGGACCCGGUGGCCGAGAGCUCUGAGGAAGCAGAAGCGGCCGGGGGCAACGCCAAGCCCCGGGCUGCGGCCCCGCGGGAGAGCAGCAGGUGGGCGGCGGCUGGGCCGCACCUGGCCGGCAGGACGGCCAAGGAGGCCGAUGGAGCGGCUUCAGCGCCCGCGGCGGAUGCACCUGCGGGGACGGCGGACCUCAGUGUAUUUCAGAGCCUGCAACGCGCUCUGAGCUCCCUGGAGGCGGCUGCAGCCGCCUGGCGCCGCCGGCCGGCAGAGGGCGCAGGCGCUGGGGGCCCGGGCCCCUCCGCAGAGCAGGAAGGGGCCGAGGGCGGCGCGCGGGAGGCGGCGCGGCUGGCCGAGAAGAACGCCUGGCUGCGGCUGGCCCUGGAGAGCCGCGAGGACGAGCUGGGCCACACGCGGGCCGCCCUGCGGGCCCUCGAGGCCGAUAAGGAGACGCUGCAGAGAGAGGUCCAGGAGCUACAGGACGCUCUGAUGAGGCUGGAACCCCUGUCUCCGCGUGCCCACAGCCACGCCGGAGGCUCAGGGAGCGGUUCUAGCAGCUCUGGGGCGGACGGGGAGCCCUGGGGGGGUCAGGACUCCCUCUCCCUGGCUCACCCACUGCUCCGGCGCAUCCGGAGUGACUCCAGCAUGCACAUCCUGGGCUCUCUCCCUGUGCGACCCCUGGCCCCUGAGAUGCAGAUCCUGGAGGCCCAGAUGGAACAGCUCCGCGGAAAUAUCGAGAAGCUCAAAUGCUUCAACCGGCUGCUGCUAGCCGUGCUGCAAGGGCGCAAGGGCCGGUGUGAGAGCCUCAGCAUGCAGCUGAGCCAGCGGGAAGCUGAGGCUACAGCCCUGCGACUGGCCCUGCAGGACAGUGAGCACCGUGAGGCCGUGUGCGCGGCUCUCCUGGCCCUGCGUGAGGCCUGCUCUGGAGCGGGGGACUUGGAGGCCGCCGAGAGGGAGGCGUGGUGGCUGCUGGCCCAGGAGGAGGGUGGCACAGACGCCGCGGCCCCGCGGAAGGCACAGCCAAGCCCAGAGGGCAGCAGUGUGGAUAAACCCACGCCACAGGAAGUGGCCGCCCUGCUGCAGGGCUAUGCCCGGCGUCUGCGGCAGCGCCAGGCUCUGGUGAAGACCCCCCCAGAGCCGGGCCCCACCGUGGAGCCCACGCCCACCAUGCCACACGCAGAAGCCAUGGUGCAGGCCAUGCUGGAAACCCAGCCCGGCCUGGCCCUGCCGCGCUUGGAGAAGAUGGAGAUACAGAGGGAACUGGUGGCCACACGGGAGACCCUGGCGGACCUCAUGUUGCAGCUGCAGCUGGUGCGGCGGGAGAAGCGGGGCCUGGAGCUGCGGGAGGCCGCGCUGCGCGCCCAGGGCCCCGCCCACGCACUGCUGCUGGAGCAGCUGCAGUGGGAGCGCGCGCAGCUGGGAGCCGCGGGGCCCCACAGCGGCGCGGGGGAGAGCAGUGGGGCGGGCAGCGAGGAGGAGGAGGAGGAGGAGGAGGAGCGGCCCCAGGGUCCUCCUGCUGUCCCCAACGCCACCAAGGGAGGCCAGGUGGGCAGGGCGUGGGACCCGGAGAGGUUAGCCCAGGAGCUGGCCGCGUCGCUCGCCAGGGCCACGGAUCUUCGUGCUCAGCUGCGGGCUUUGUGGCGGGAGCUGGAGCAGGUGGCUCAGAAGGGGCGCGUCCGGCGAGCUCAGAGCGCCGAGCUGAACAGCGAUCUGUGCAAGGCGCACAGCGCCCUGGUCCUGGCGUUCAGAGGCGCCCACCGGAAGCAGGAGGAGCAGCGGCGCAAGUUGGAGCAGCAGGUGGCAAUCCUGGAGGCCCGGCAGGCGGAGGAGUUGGCAGCGCUGGAAGCCACGGCCCGGGCGCUGGGACAGCCCGGGUGCCCCCGCCCGCCUCCUCCCCCCCAGCUUGGGGAGACCUUGCUGUAG